AUGAACCACACUGGAGAUAAGGCACCCGGCGCCGCGAUAGUGACACCGGCGCCUGCACUUGGCGCGGGCAAGAAGCCCCACCGCAGCAACGGCAACUACGUGAAGAGCUAUGGCCGUGCCAGCUAUGAGAACCAUAAGGCGAAGGAAGCGCACCCCUUACAACGUCCUCAGGAACUGCUGAAGCAGGUCGACUCCAACGCUGCCGCCGUGCCGUGCAGCAUCGACACGCCCUUGUGGUCCUUCACGUCCCAGGAGAGACCCGGGCUGGAGGUGUCACCGCUUUCAUCGCCCCGAUACAAUGACGGUGAGGUGGACGCGAGCCCACUUAGAGUGCAAUCGCAAUCGUAUGUGCCGAAGCAUCGACGCCUCCAGAAUGGCGAUCACGCAGGCGCAUCGAAGGAGGAUAUCGCAACGGCCCAUGUGCCGCGGCGCACUCCCCCUUUACCACAUCGAAUGCAACAACAUGUCGACCCAACCGCGCCGCCAGCGCCUCUGCAGGUUUCCGCUUCCGAAGGCGCUGCUAGAGUGCUUCGACAGCACCACAUGGCUGGAAAGGAGAACAUAAACAUUGGCUCUCACAACGCGCCGUCUCCUGGCGGUACCGCAGCCGCUCCGGCAGCCUCCCCGCAGUCGGCGCCGAGGCCCACGUCGUCUGCAGAGGCCAGGCAGUGCAGGGUGAGCACCACGUCCCAUUCAGCCGCUGCCCCCGCCCUCGCCGCCGCCGGCUUUCGACACAUCGCCUCUGGCCAUGUCCGUCAGCGUCCGCCCUCUUUACCUGGUGCUUCCACGGCACCACGGCAAGCGCCAGCUGCAUCGACUCUCACAACGGGCGCCGGCAGAAAUGGUGGCUCGACUGCUGCAAGAAGUGCAUCGAAGUUUGGAGUCACUAUCAAGGCGCGACCGGUGGCCGUCACAACACGCAAACAGCUGGUACCUCUGGGCAGCGCUGCUACAGAAGGGGCGCAGCAGCACAAGGCUCCUGCGGGAACCCCGGCAGCGGCGGUGCGUGAGCGCUCGCCAGUCAUGGACGCUGCGCUGCGGUAUCAGCUGGACCAGAUGAAAUCGGUGCUCGACUAUGUGGCGGAGGUGGCGACGGCGCUGAGCGAACGACGUAGGUGCGCGGCACCGCCACAAUCCACCGAGGAGUUCCGCGCCUCUGUCGUGCCCCGUCGACGCUGUGGUGGGACCAGUGCCUUCUCCGGGGAGCCGGAUGGGGGUGAUCUGGACUCACCGGACCCAACCGUGCAAGUGCACCAUAGCGGCGACUCCGUCGCUCUUCUGUCCGAUAUUCACCAGGCUGCGACUCGACUCCUCAGCGCCUUCACAAAACUCGAGUACGCUCAGCUGAGCGAGGAUGUAGAUAUGCCUCUUCUGGAGCGCGACACCGUGGAGCACAGUGCGGAGCUGCUGCGACUCGUUGACGGGGUGGAGCGGUAUCUGUCGUUGCACGCGGAGGCACUUGUUCGCCAAGGGCUUGAAGAGCGCCGCUACGUCUUUCGUGCGAUGCACCAGCUGGUGCGCUUUAUUGUCCGCAUGACGCACGAGGUGGUGCUGCUCCGUGACUUGGCUCUGCGACACGAUCUCGGUCAGGCUCUGGAGGUGUGGUGUAGCUUCAGAGCGGGUGUCGAGGCCCAAUCCCAGGCAGGCGCAGGCGCCAGCGACAGUGAUGCGCUCGACAAACCUGAGGAUGCCACAACGCCAUCGUUGCGACCGUCGCCACACGCACAGCUUAUCUUUCCUGUCGCGAUUAUGCUAACGAGCCCCUUCUUUGCGUGGCUGGAAGAGCGGUGGUUCCCGGCGAUGCGGGAGUGGCGCAGGCUUGUCCUCAGCGCACGCCAAGCGGCGAGCAGCGGCGACAUUGAAGGUGCCAUUCGCCGUUCGCGGCAGGAGGCGAUGUGGAUCGACGGCUUGGAAGAGAUCCUGCGCCCUGGCGAGACGAUCACUAUCCUCCUCCACCAGCAGGUUGAGCAGCCGAUUGAAGAGCUCGGCAAAGCGUUUUCCAUGAAGCGAGCUGCCAUGGCCACAUUGCGAGAGGUAGUGGAGAGCGAUGAGGCUGCCGCCGGCACGCUGAGCGCCGCGCAACUUUCGAAGGCGCUCAAGGCCGCUCAGGCCUACACUAUGGUGUGUAGCGGGCGCGGGAUGGGUGAUGACAAGCUGACUGCGAGUGCCGCUGGAUACAAGGAGGACUCUGCACUCGUGCACCGUGCGGAGGAACUCCUCGCGCGUCUUCAGGAAGCAGAUAUGCUCCACCGCGCCACCACGGCCGUGCUGCUGCAGCCUGCGCCGGAGCUGGCGACCGUGCUGGAGCAAAUCACGCGUGCCAACGAGCUGCUCCUUCUCUGGAGGCGCGCUCAUGACGCAACGGCAGCUCAGACAGCCCUUGCUGCCGGUACCGCCGCGCUAGAGGUGUACAGACUGCAGCGGCAUAGUGGACGUCUUUCCGAUAACCCGAGCUCGCUGACCUCGACACGUGCCGAGGUCACGACUAGCAGCUGCAUCCCAUCGAUACUCUCCAGCGGCAGCUCUACUGCUGCGCCGGUGCCGUGGAUCGGCGACGGGUUCCCGGCCUUCUUCGACGUGCAUGCCCUGUACGUGGCUCACACACCCGGCGGUCCAUGGUCACAGAAGCUUAGCACGGCGUAUACGAAGCUCUGCGAAGUCUUUGGGAUGCUGUACACUAAGCACCAGGCACGGCGGGAGCUGGAGCUGGUGCUGGCCUAUCCUGCCGUGGAUGACAGCUCAACCAGGCCUAUUGGCGGCCUUUCGCUCUCUCAGCAAGUAACGCCCCGCCGCCCCACUCACGACGCCGUGUCACCUUCUGACACAUUACGGGCCAGCGACGAAGGUGCUAACGCGCACGACCAGAGCUUAGUCGGUUCCCUUGGUGGAACUACAAGGAGCCGCACGAGUGACGUCAGUGCAACACCAGUGCUGAGCACACCUAAGCGUGUAAGUGCAGAGAAAUUGCACCAGUGCAUCCAGCAGGCCGAGGCGGCUGGCAUCGGCGGGCCGCUCGUCGAGGAGGCCCGGGCGCGGCUGCGUCGCUUGGAAACGCUCCGGCUCAAGAUUCACUUUGACGCCCAGACGCGUGUGCUGCCCGUCGCUGAUGCAGCGCAGGCCGCGUUCCACGACGUCUAUCAACAAAUCCACGACUUCUGCCAGACCCAGCUACAGCAGCCACAGCGAUCCUCGGGAGCCGAGCGCCGACUGCGCAUUCGCUACGAGGACACAGAUGGCGACUUCAUCUCUCUCUUGGAUCAGCAAGACUGGUGCAUGAUGCUGAGUGAGUUUGCCCCGAACGGGUGUGGCGGGGUCAAAAUCGAGCUCUUCUGUGACUACCCCACGAUGCCGGGCAUUAUGAACAACUCCAUGGUUGUCGCCAGCAGCGAUGAUGUGCAGCGCAUCGGCGUUGAGUCAGAGCUGGCAAGCGGCGACUUUCAAACCGAAACCGCGCCGGAGACUUGCACGCCACCUGGCACUGCUGCCGCGACCGGAUCCGCAGCUGCCACGGCAGCCACCACACCAGAGAAGCGGACGAACGUGUUUGAGCGCCUCGCCUCCACGUCGAAAGGCUCUGCCGCGGCUCCAGCAGCCAGCGGGCAGCGCAAGCCGCGGACACACCCGCAUUCCCUCGGAACGACGUCAUCGCAGCGAGCGCUCACACAGCCGCGCGCUCGUGGCACCGGCACUGGCGCCGGCUCUGCUUUCAUUCACAGUGCGUCUCCGCAAAAAAUCUACGCAGCUUGUCGCGCGCCUGCCGGCGGUGGUUCUGGGCGCAGCAAAGACGCACCUUCCCAGGCUGCCGCAGGCGUGGGGGCACCGAAGACAGCGGCGCUGACCGCGGAGAACUUGCGGCGUAACCUGCUCCCCGCGCAGGCGCCGCCCCGCCCCGAAGGCGCGGAGGCAACGGCACAAAAUGAAGUUCAGAGAUCAGGUGGGCGGCCGUCUAACGAUGGGAUGGACACCAUAGCGAAAUCGGCAGCAGCGGAAAUGGAUCGCCAUACAGCACCAAGCGCUCCAGUGGGGGCCUCGGCAACUAAGGCUCACGGCUUGGUGAGCAACAACGACGCACACGAUGACGGGGAGCAGGAGAGAAGCACGGUGCACCUCAACCUCGACAUGGCCCGGCGCUGGGAAACGGUGAGCGAUGACGAGCUGCAGCUGCUGGAGAUGCAGACAAGCGCCUCCGUGUCGACCGUGCAUCCCGACCGGGGUAUCGUGAUAUCCAGCUCGGCGACGGUGGGGCCAACAGAGCUGCCCCCGAGAGCCGAACCGUCGCGCAAUACGUUCACCGCAACGUACUGCUCUGGCAGGGGGGAGAGCGUCAGCGAGCGUGGCGGUGGCGGCGGUGCCGACGAGGCAGUGAACAAACUCAGUGAGGCAGACAAGACGCACAAGAGGCACCUCUGCCUUUCACCCUCUCGGCACCCGAGCCGCUGGUCCUCUGACGCGUUCUCACUAGACGACGUCGAGACAGUGUGUAGCGAGCGAUCCCGCAUGCCGCAGCAGACCGCUAAGCCGAAGGGGCCUACGUCUUUGCCACCGCGCCCUGUCAAUGCCGGCGGCCUUCAAACGCCGCAGCGCGUCCGGCGCGGUGCUCGUGGCACUCCCAUUCGCUUCCGCCCCGACGCCGGCGACGACAACGGCGACGGUGACCAGGGGGAUGGCGCAAACGCAUCCGACGGGCUGCUUGCAGAGAUGCAGCGCAUGCGCGAGGCAAACACUCGGGCCAUGGUGCAGCGCAAGCCAUCGUGGCACUGA